UUUCAUCGCAUAUAACUGGCAUAUCUUCAGAACUUCCACUAUUUGAUACAUUCUCCCCUCAAAAAUACCACAACUGCACUCUCAAAUAGCCUAUCGCAAUCGCAAGUAUGAGUGCGCCACCUGCUAAGUUCGAUGCCGAAAAGGCAGACAAUUUUGAAGAUAUCGAGAAACAAUUCGCAGUCAAAGCUGUUCAACAUAUGUCCACAUACUGGGCAAUUCUUGAAAAAGUCCGCGGAUCAUCUCUCCGACUCACAAAAAUUGAUAACGAGAUCUAUGAACAUUUGAUGAAGGAUUUCCCAGAACUUGACCCGGCAGCCACAAUCAAUGAGGAUGAAAUGAAGAGCAAGACAGGAAAGGAGAGGUGGAGAAAUUUCAUGAUGAAGUAUGAGAAGACCGUGGAGGAUUAUAACUUCGGAACGAUGUUGAGAACCAGUCCAAAAUCUGAAUAUGAACAAGACGCAACCAUCUUUGUCCCUAGAAUGCAAUUCUAUGCUUACGAGAUUGCAAGAAACCGCAAAGGAUUGAAUGACUGGAUCUACGAAAAAGAGCACCCAGAGGCCGAGAAGAAGGCUGCUUAGGAGAAUGAUCCAAACAAUAAAUUUCGCUUAAAAACAUUAUACCCUCAAUCACCAGAAAAUACAUUUAGUAUAUGGACUACGUACUAUAACCAUAGAACUCUGAACGUGAGAACUCGAAGCCGACUCUUUCUUAUUACACCAACGCAGCACGUUAUCAGCCG